AUGGAGGACGUCAGUGAUGAAGAUUCAUUUGUUGAUCUACACGGUGCAGAAGUAGAGGACACUCCACCAACACCACAGUCUGGCUGCAAGGUCUUUUCCAACUUUCUCUCCAAACUUGGACUGAAGAAAUUUUAUCCCAACAAGCUCACUCUUCAGUCUCUUCUGGAAAUCAACAAAAAUAGGAUUUAUGAUGAAACUGUUGAAUCAAUGGAGAAAAUACCAUGGUGCUUUCUCAGGAAACUCUUUCAAAUCAACACAGAAUGCAGAAACUGCACACAAUUAUCAAACAAUGAUGAUGAGGAGGACGAAAACAGUGAUCCAUUUGACUUUGACCUGGUCACUGCAGAUGACUCUGCAGACAACAAGGUUAACCCUCUCGACCUCAUAGUCGCACUCUUUCUUUGUGCUGACAGCUUCUUGCAACAGGAAAUGGCCCUCAAGAUGACAAUGUGCCAGUUUUCUGUCCCACUGCUGUUGCCUCAUGGUGAUAACAGUCAGUGUUCCCUGAUGCUGUGGGCUCUGAGAGACAUCAUCAAAGAGUGGUGUCCACAUGAUUUGUCUAAAUCAAGAGGGUUUGUUGAAGACAACAUUGUCCAAGCAAAUAUACCAUUCUUUACCUUUGUGAGGCUGAAAAACUGUAGUUUGUCCAAGUCACAGGUUUUGAAUCAUAUUCUCAGUCCUGGCCAACAGAAUCACAACAUCUUCAUACACGGAGAUAUGGAAGGAGGAACACUUAAAAGAGAAAUAGCCAAUGGUUUGGUUGAGGUUUGCUGGUACCUUCCCUGUGGCAAAAAAGAUCUUGACAUAUUUCCAGGACCAGUUGCCUUUGCCAAUUUGAGAGGAGACAUUUGUGAGUCACUCACACAAUUCAAUUUUCUUUUUCAAGUGUCAACUGCGACCUUUGUGUUCCUGGACAAAGUUGAAGAAAGAGAGCAUCAGAUUCUGACUUCUCUUCAAGAUGUGAAAUCCAAACUCUUCUUGAUUGUUAAUCGCAAGGACAACGCCAGAGAGGACAUGAUGUCUGUCCAGACAACACUGAAAGAGUUAGAGCUACCAAACAGCAGUGUGAAAAUUAAAGACUCAAAGGUAAAUGUUGCAGAGUUUUCAAAGAAACUUUGUGCAGCCAUCAAGACUUCACUGCCAGAAGAAACUCCCACAUUGAACAUUGUCAAUAUGGUUGGAAAAGCUGUUGAACUUGGUCUAUCUGUGGAUGAAAACUCAAGUGAAAAACAAAAGAAAGCAGUUGAGGAGAUCAUGGUUGACAUUGAGGGGCGAAGUAUACCAGACUACAAGAAACAACAACUUCCUUUGCAGGGAGAUAACUGGAAAAGAUUAUCACAGUUAGAGAAGGAGGAGUGUAGAUUGAAAUGUGACUCAGACCCUGAAGGGUAUAAAUGCCAGCUACAGGAAGAAAAACAAAAAAUUAUGGAGGAACAAAGCAAACAAAGACUGUCGAAAGGAAUGGAGAGUUUUAUUAAAACUUUAUCCACAAGUGACAAAGAGAAAAGAGAUUUUUUUCUUAAGUGGAUGAAACUCAAGUUUAACACACAUUCACGGAGGAAACUGUCUGAGCUGCGCAACAAAUUCAAAGAGCAAUGCAAGAAGAAAGAUAAAAAUCUCACUGCAGCGUUUGAUAAGGCUUUGAUGGAGAGCUCUUUAGGAGUAGAGCAUUACAUAAGAGAGAUGGGACUCAUCUAUGAGUUCUCAAUUUCUGGCUCAACAAACACUGCUGAUGAAAUAUCUCGUCUCCCUGGUUUGGCUGCUGAAAUGCUGUUGGAUGGAUAUCCUUUAGAGCUCUUGGAUGGAGAUGCUUCCAACAUCCCAGAGAGAUGGGUGACAGAUGUGCUGAUGGAGCUUCACAAGAAGGUUGGAGGGAAGAGCAGACUGUUAGUACUGACUGUGCUGGGUGUUCAAAGUACAGGGAAGUCAACACUCCUCAACACCAUGUUUGGUGUGCAGUUUCCUGUCAGCAGUGGCAGAUGCACAAGAGGAGCUUAUAUGCUUUUCCUCAAAGUUGGAGAGGACAUGAAACAUGAGUUGAAUUAUGAAUUUAUAGUUCUCAUCGACACAGAGGGUCUAAAAUCUCCUGAUUUGGCAGAACUAGAUGAAAGUUAUGAGCAUGACAACCAGAUGGCAACCUUUGUGAUUGGUUUAAGUGAUGUCACCAUUAUCAACCUCGCCAUGGAGAACUCAACAGAAAUGAAAGAUGUCCUGCAAAUUGCAGUUCAUGCCUUCUUGAGAAUGAGACAUAUUGGUAAAAAGCCAGUUUGUCAUUUCGUGCAUCAAAAUGUUUCUGGAGUUUCAGCUCAUGCAAAGACCAUAACAGACAGAAAACAUCUCUUGGAGCAGCUCAAUGAAAUAACACAAAUCGCAGCUGAAAUGGAAAAGAAGCCUUCUAUUACAGCAUUCACAGAUGUGCUGGACUAUGACAUGGACAAAAACCACUGGAACAUCCCAGGACUCUGGCAUGGAACCCCUCCGAUGGCAGCAGUGAACACAGGUUACAGUGAAGCUGUAGCAGAUUUCAAGAAAAAUCUUUUGGCAACAGUGAAAACAGACCAAAGCAAUGACGUCUCACAGAUCCCAGAGUUUCUAGAAUGGAUGAGAAGUCUCUGGAAAGCAGUGAAAUAUGAGAACUUCAUCUUUAGUUUCAGAAACACUCUUGUGGCUCGUGCCUACGACAACCUUUGCAAAGAGUUCAAUCAAUGGGAAUGGCAGUUCAGAAAAGAAAUCCUCUCUUGGCAAACAGAAGCAGAGAUGGAAAUCUUAAAUUCUGACAAUGAAGCUGAUAUUCGAAUUUGGAGCAAAUUGGUUAAUUCAAAAAAAUCACAGAUGUCAGAAAAAAUAGCAACUGAAGAAAGAAAAAUGAAGGAGAAACUUACAAACUACUACGAAAAGAAAGACCAGAAUGUAAAUCUGAUAGAAAAAUACAAAACUGACUUUUUCAAAAGCAUCAGUAGUCUUGCCAAGGAAAUCAAACAUUCAGUGAACAAUAAAUUGGAUUGUGCACUUGAGCUGAAAAUAAGUUCAAAAAAGGUUCAAGACAUUCAGACAAAAUACAGAGGUGGGGUUGAAGACGAGGUCAUGAAGCUCCUGAGUGCCUGUAAACACUCUGAUAAACUGUCUGAUGAACAGCUGACACAGAAGUUUGAAAAGAUGUGGACUGAAGCCACUAAAAAUGUGUCUGGCCUGAAAGAGCGAGAUAUCGCAGCAUGUGUCCUGAAUCAGUUGAGAGGAAAUUUCUCAAAUCAGAAUGUUAAUGAGGAAUUGCAGAACAUUAAAAAUUUAAAGGAGAUUGGGAAAGAUCGAUUUAAAACCAGACGUGAACAUACAGACUCCUUGAUGAAGAAGGCUCGAUAUCUGUUUCGGGGACUAGGAGAUCUGCAGAAGUUUGCUGACAGCGUCAUUGAGUCUUGCACACGGGAAUUCCUCAAAAUGCACCAAAAAUUCUUGUCAGAUAAUGAUCCUCGAAUUCAGCUGCAGAAGUACAAGACUCAGUACUUGACAGAUUUUCUUGACUUAUACAAACAGAGAGAUGAUUGUCAGCGCAAUGCAAAGGGUUUUGUCCAGUUUUGUAUCAAACCUGCUGUGGAAGAGUACAUCAACAGAUCUCUGGGGAUAAACAUUGUGGAUGAAAUUUUGACACGUUGUCAUUCAGCAGAGUUCAGUUCCCGCUCCUUUUUCCAGUACAACAUUCAGGAAGAGUUGCGGCGAAAGGAAGACUUUGACAGUUUGGUCAAGUACAUUCGUAACUAUGAAAUAUAUGUGAAGGAUUGGAUAUUUCAGCACAUCCAGGAACAAAUGUCAAAGAACGAAACUUUGUGCAAACUGAAACAAGAGAAUCUGAAGGUGAUAGUUGACAAGAUCACAGCAGCCUUAGAGCAGGCCACAGAAGGACCAGAUGGUGUUCAACUGCCAGAUAACAAAGAAAGCAUCACAGAGCUCAUCAGCAAAAUACGGAAGAAUUUGAUUAAAGACAUCUCAAUUUCAGAGGAGGAUGAAAAAACCACCCUGUUUCAAAUCAAAAGCACAUGUCAUCCAUUUAUCAACAGCCUCAAAAUGUCAAUAGAAGACUUGAAAGAACAGUUUCAGCAGGAAUUCUCAAAGUCUGAAAACAUCACUGAGACUCUGAACAAACUUCCAAUCAAACCACAGGAGGAGCUUUUCAAGCGAGUGUUUGGUUGUGGAAAACAAUGUCCAUUUUGUAGAGUUCCCUGUGAGGCUGGAGGCAAAGAUCACAAGCAGCAUCAUGCAGCUGUUCAUCGACCACAAGGUCUUGGUGGAUUCAGGUAUGAAGACACUCAGAAGCUGGUUGAAACACUGUGUACAACUGAUGUACAAUGUGAACAUAGAUUUAAAAAUGCAGACACUAAAGGAGAGUGGCAUCCUUACAAAGACUACACCACGUACUAUCCAGACUGGUUGAUUCCUCCAGAUCCCAGCAUAGAGGCAUCUGACUACUGGAAGUAUGUACUGGUAAAAUACAAUGAGAAAUUUGCUCAAGAAUAUAAGGCCAAGCCAGCUGAUGUUCCAGAGGCCUGGAGGAGAAUCACAAAGAAACAAGCACUGAAGGGGUUAAAAGAUGCCUUCAACAUAAAGUGAACAACAUACAAAUGUCUUUAAACAAAACCAAAUUUAAAACAUGCAAGAUUUUUUCAAACAAAAAUGAACUCCUUUUUUUAUGUAACUGACUUUUUAAGUUGAAAAGCUGCAGAUAGUUAUAUUAGACUGCUCAACUUUUUCUUUACUAUUUCUUUUACUUUUUUAUUUUGUGUUUUUAUUUUUUGAAGAUUACAGAUGUUUUGUUUUCUUCUCUCAUGAUUAAUGACUGGUGUUCAUAAUAAUGAUGUUGACAAUGAUAAUAAUAAAGAAUAUGAUGAUGUACAACAAAAGUCAUGUAAAAAAGAGACAAUGUUUUUUGUUUUUAUCUUUAUUUUGUGGUUUAUGAUUAUUAGCGAUGUUUUGUUUUUUUGAUUUUCAAGUUUCUAUUUGUGAAUUGUGUGAAUACACAAUUAUGAUGCUGAUGAUGACAAUUAUAAUGAUGUUCUACAAAGACCACCAGGUCAUGAUUUACAAUGUUUGUAUUUUGUUGUUAUUUUUAUUUUAUGAUUAUAACAGUUUGUUUUCUUCUUUGUUCAUAUUGAUAUAUGACUAUAUGAAUAGUAACCAGUGUGCAGGAUAAUGAUGAUGAUGAUGAUGAUGAAGAUGUCAGCAUGGUUCAUUCAGUGUUUGCAGUUGGCUUUCUAAUGGUUACUACCAGUCAAUCAAUAACAAAUAUUGAUACAACUGACUUUUGGCGCCUUUCUGAAGCUGAACAUGAAACAAAGAGGCAGAAAGCACAGAAACAAUUACUCAGACUUUUAAAUAUUUACCAUAUUUUAUUUAUAAUAAAAAUGUAAUGAUGAUGAUGAUGAAGACCUAUGUAGUUCAAAGGUCAUAUAUUGAGAUGCUGUUUUGUAACAUGUUUUACUACUUUUUACAUUUUUUAUGGUUUUAUUCUUUAACAUUACUCACAAAUUGUAACAUGAUACAAUGAAAAUAGUUAUUAAUAUUUUCUUGGAGAUUAAAGUAAAUAAAUUGUCAUUAGUUGAAAUGUUUGCAUGUUGAUGCAAAUUAAUUUUUGAUUCAUGUACAAAUAUUGAGACGUGUUGUUGAUGUAACUUUUUUCAUUAUUUUUGAUAGAUGAUGAUGUUGAACAAGUCAAGUUAAAGACCAGAAAACAGUUUUGUUAUCUUUUAAAAACAUAUUAUUGUUUUUUGUAUUAUUUUAGAUUUUGCAUUUUACUUAUUAAUGAGUACAAAAGUUUUUGUUUUAUUCAUCUUUUAACACAAAUAUGUACAUAAUGACAAAUAUAAAGUGCUAAAUAUAAUGAUGAUGAUGUUGAUGAUGAUGAUGAAGAUGAAGAAGAACAAAGGCCAUGUGAAACAGAUGUUAUCACUAUUCAUCACUAUUCUUUAAUAUUUUUACAGUUUAUUUCUAAUAGGAACAUGUAAAACAUUAUAUCUUUUGAUGUGUGUUUGAUAAAAGUCAGUGAAUAAGAGUCUUUAUGUUGUUGUAACUGACCUUUUAGCUCAUGUUUAAAUAUUGUCUAAACAAGCCAACUGUGGGAAUAAUGUGGCAUCUUCUGCUCUGUUGAUCAUGUUCAACUUCUGACACAAUGAAUUAAACAAGAUACAAACAA